CUGCCGGGCCGCGAGCGGGCACGGGUUUGGACGCGAGCGCCGAUUGGUCGGGGUCUGGGGCGGGGGCGCGAGACGUGCGCCGAUUGGCUGGGGGGCGGGGCAGCGGGCGCCGAUUGGCCGCGGCGCGCCUCCGGCGUGUGCAGCCCGCCCGCCCCUCGCGUCGCCGCCGCCGUCGCCGCCGCCGCCCCGGGUCAUGGUGCUGGGCCGCGGGCUGCUCGGCCUCCGGAGCGUCUCCGCACUGGGAGCCGCCUGCGCCCGCCGCGGCCUGGGCUCGUAACCCCCGCGCAGGCAGGCCGCCUGGGGUCGGGAAAAGGCGCCGCGGCGCUUGAGUCAGGCUUGGCGGGGGCUGAAGACAGCGGGGUCACUGGUCAGCUGGGGGUUGCUGCAGGAACUGUGCCCGGUCCGGCCCUGCUGGGCGUCCUUCUCCAUCACACGGACUGUAGGAAGAGCUCCACCAUGGACCAGGGAACCCUGAGGGUCGAGUUGCUGCCCGCGCUGACCGACAACUACAUGUACCUGAUCAUCGACGGCGAGACCAAGGAGGCCGCCAUCGUGGACCCGGUGCAGCCUCAGAAGGUCGUAGAAACGGUGAGAAAGCACGGCGUGAAGCUGACCACAGUGCUCACCACCCACCACCACUGGGACCACGCUGGUGGGAACGAGAAGCUGGUCAAGUUGGAGCCUGGGUUGAAGGUGUGUGGGGGCGAUGACCGGAUCGGGGCACUGACUCACAAGGUCGCACAUCUGUCCACACUGCAGGUGGGGUCUCUCAACGUCAAGUGCCUGUCCACACCGUGCCACACUUCCGGCCACAUCUGCUACUUCGUGAGCAAGCCCGGGAGCUCUGAGCCUCCUGCUGUGUUCACAGGCGACACCUUGUUCGUGGCUGGCUGUGGGAAGUUCUACGAAGGGACAGCGGACGAGAUGUACAAAGCCCUGCUUGAGAUCCUGGGCCGGCUCCCUCCAGACACGAGAGUGUACUGCGGCCACGAAUAUACGAUCAACAACCUCAAGUUCGCGCGCCACGUGGAGCCCAACAAUACUGCCAUUCAGGAGAAACUGGCCUGGGCCAAGGAGGUGGAGAAGGAAUUCUCAGGAAGAGUGAAUACUGGAGGAAGCAGGGAAUAUUCUAAAACACCCAGCUUGUUUUCACCAGAAGGAGAAGUACGGUAUCGGGGAGCCCACAGUGCCGUCCACCAUCGCGGAGGAGUUCACCUACAACCCAUUCAUGAGAGUGAGCCUGGCCUUCGGCUUCCGCAGAGAGAAGACGGUGCAGCAGCAUGCUGGCGAGACGGACCCGGUGACCACCAUGAGGGCCAUCCGCAAAGAGAAGGACCAUUUCAAGGAGGCCCGGCCCUGGCCGUGCUCCUGGUCUCCUGGGCAGCGCUGGGCCCCUGCGGCCUGGAGGGAGCGGAGCCCGGGGCUCUGGGGAAGGCCGAGAGCCCGCAAUGUCCAGCCGUCUGCACCUGCGGCCACGAGGACCAUUCGGACGAGCUCAGCGUCUUCUGCAGCUCCAGGAACCUCACGCGGCUGCCCGACGGCAUCCCGGACGGCGCCAGGGCCCUGUGGCUGGACGGCAACAACUUCUCCUCCAUCCCCGCGGCGGCCUUCCAGAACCUCUCCGGUCUGGGCUUCCUCAACCUACAGGGCAGCGGACUGGCCAGCCUGGAGCCGCGGGCACUGCUCGGCCUGCACAGCCUCCACCACCUGCACCUGGAGCGGAACCAGCUGCGGGGGCUGGCGGCCCACACGUUCCUGCACACCCCGGGCCUCGCCUCGCUCGGCCUCAGCAACAACCUGCUGGGCAGGGUGGACGAGGGCCUCUUCCGGGGGCUGUCCGGCCUCUGGGACCUCGACCUCGGCUGGAACAGCCUGGCCGUGCUCCCGGACGCCGCCUUCCAGGGCCUGGCCGGCCUCCGCGAGCUGGUGCUGGCGGGCAACAAGCUGGCCUACCUGCAGCCCGCGCUCUUCUGUGGCCUCGGCGAGCUGCGGGAGUUGGACCUGAGUAGGAACGCCCUGCGCAGCGUCAAGGCCAACGUCUUCGUCAAACUGCCCAAGCUCCAGAAGCUCUACCUGGACCACAACCUCAUCGCCGCCGUGGCCCCCGGCGCCUUCCUGGGCCUGAGGGCGCUGCGCUGGCUGGACCUGUCGCACAACCGGCUGGGCGGCCUCCUGGAGGACACCUUCCCCGGCCUGCUGGGCCUGCACGUCCUGCGCCUCUCGCGCAACGCCAUCGCGGGCUUGCGGCCCCGCACCUUCAAGGACCUGCACUUCCUGGAGGAGCUGCGGCUGGACCACAACCGCAUCCGGCAGCUGCCCGGCCAGGCCUUCGAGGGCCUGGGCCAGCUGGAGGUGCUCACGCUCAAUGACAACCAGAUCCAGGAGAUCGAGGCGGGCGCCUUCCUCGGCCUCCUGAGCGUGGCGGUCAUGAACCUGUCCGGGAACUGCCUGCGGGCGCUCCCGGAGCAGGCGUUCCAGGGCCUGGGCCGGCUGCACAGCCUGCACCUGGAGCGCAGCUGCCUGGGCCGCAUCCGCCCGCACGCCUUCGCCGGCCUCUCGGGGCUGCGCCGGCUCUUCCUCCGGGACAACGGCAUCGUGGCCGUGGAGGACCAGGGCCUGCAGGGGCUCGCGGAGCUCCUGGAGCUGGACCUCACCGCCAACCGGCUCGCACACCUGCCCGGCCAGCUCUUCCAGGGGCUCGGCAAGCUGGAGUACCUGCUCCUCGCCGGCAACCGGCUGGCGGCGCUGUCCGCGGACGCCCUGAGGCCCCUGCGGCGCGUCUUCUGGCUGGACGUGUCGCACAACCGCCUGGAGGCCCUGCCCGAGGACGUGCUGGCGCCGCUGGGGCAGCUGCGCUACCUGAACCUCAGGAACAACUCCCUGCGGACCUUCGUGCCGCGGGCCCCCGGCCUGGAGCGCCUGUGGCUUGAGGGCAACCCCUGGGACUGCGGCUGCCCCCUCCGGGCCCUCAGGGCCCUGGCCCUGCAGCAGCCCGACGUGGUCCCCCGCUUCGUGCGGGCAGCGCCGGACGGCGACGACGGCCAGCCGCCCGCGUACGCCUACAACAACAUCACCUGCACCGGCCCCGCAGCCGUCGCCGGCCUCGACCUGCGGGACGUGGCCGAGGCCCACUUUGCUCACUGCUGACCGCGGGCUCGCCGGCCCAGAGCCCGGCGGGGACACGAUGUCCGCCUCGGGGGCCAGGCGUCACCUGCUCGCUUGCCGGGGUCCCGUCCCUGGGAGGACCCGGGGCAGCCGGGGGGUUCUGCUGGUGGGGGCACCGCCAUCACAUAGCACCCCCCCGCAGUCGGUAAUUAAAAGCAAUCUAACACGUG